AUGGGGUUGUCUCCAUUAGUGUGUGGAGAUGUUACAGAGGAAAAGGAUUGUUUAGAUAUCAUAAAUGGAAUUUAUCUAUGCAAAUGGACAACGAAUGGAUGUGUUAAUAUGAAAUGUGAAUUAGUAAAACCUCCUUGUGAUUAGUUGAUUUAUGAAAAUAAGGCUUGCUCAACAAGUGGGACCAAUUGCGUUUCAGUUUCAGAAUGCUCAGAGAUAGACAACUAAAGCUCGUGUGGAGUAGUUAAAGCAGGUGGAAGGGAUUGCAUCUGGGAUACUUUAUGUAGAAUGAAAUAAUGUUCUGAUUAUGAUCAAGCAAACUGCAAAGUGUCUAACGAUGACAAUUGUGUCUUCAAAGAUGGAACAUGUCAAAAGUUAGUAUUUUGCACUGAUAUCGUUACUAAGGAUUUAUGUUAGACAAUUGAUUUGGCUGAUUAAUGUGCAUGGAUAAAUGAUAAAUGCGACAUUUUUGAUUGCAAAAAAUUUACUAAUUCGGAAGAAUGUUUUUCAGCUGUCUCUAAGACUGACUCAUGCUUUAAUGGGGCAGUUGAUAAUACUGUUAACUGUAUGAGUUGUUUCUCGUUGAAAAAUCAAUGUGAUUGCUAACAAUACGGGCUUUAUGGUUGUAAAUGGGAUACCUAAACAGGAGGAUGUAUUCGUUAAAAAUGUGAAGACUUUGAGGAUACAAUUACUUGUCAAUAGGCUUUCGAUGGUUUGACUUGCGUAUGGUAUAAGCCCAUGGAUUAAUGUAAAUCAAUAGCGAAUGCGAAUGAAUUAGAUAGAUAAUGCGAUCUUUAUGUCUUCAGUCAGACUUUGACAUUUGGAUUGCUUGUUUCGUUGAUCAUCUAUAUAUGA